GAUGUUCAUGAAGAUUUUAGAAGUGUCAUUACCCGCAGAAGGGACUAUAAUGCACAGCUUUUCUUUUACAGGAAUGUUAGUCUCUUUAAGAAUCUUUUCUAGUGACUUCCCAGAGUCAAAUAUAAUGAGGAUGAACCGUUGAUACUUACAGAAUUUCUGAGACUGCAGCCUCGUCUUCAAUCAUUUCUAUUAUCUGGUUGGUUUGCAGGUUCAAUCAGCAUGGGAACAGCGGUAGGAGCCUUGAUUAUUUUUUUGCACUUUACUUCAUCUACUAUCACAGGGAUUUCCAGCGCACUUGAUACGUUAACUACGGAUCAAUCGAUGCAACGUGGCAAGAGCAUGGUUUCAGCUGGGGGGACUUUCGAACUAGGAUUCUUCAGCCUCCAUCAUCCCCCAAAGCAUUACCUUGGAAUAUGGUACAAGAAAAUAAAUCCCAUCAAAGUAGUAUGGGUUGCCAACAGAGUCAGUCCACUCACUGAUUCAUCCGGUACUCUGAAGAUCACUAGACAGGGAAGUCUCAUCCUUCUCGAUGGAAACGGGAGUGAAAUCUGGUCUUCCAACUCAUCAAUACCCUCACGUUAUCCAGUUGCUCAGCUUCUGGACUCAGGGAAUCUUGUUGUGAGAGACUUAGGCAAUACUGGUUCUGAUAAUUUCCUAUGGCAGAGUUUUGACUAUCCAACUGAUACUUUUCUGGCGGGGAUGAAGUUAGGAAGGAACAGAAUUACGGGCUUUGAUCGUUAUCUGACAUCUUGGAAGAGUGUAGAUGAUCCUUCUCCAGGUAAUUUCUCAUACCGACUUGACCCGAAUGGGUUUCCCCAAAUACUUCUGAAGCAGGGCUCCACUGUCAAGUCUAGGUUAGGACCGUGGAUUGGUGUCCGAAAUGGUGGAGUGCCUAAUUUGAACCCGAAUCUGAAGUACACAUACGAAUUUGUUCUGACUGAGCAGGAGAUGUACUGCCACUACCAAUUCCUCAACAGGUCAGUGAUAUCUCGUUUGUACUUGAAUCCAGAUGGUGUUGUGCAGCGCUUCACAUGGGAUGACCAAACACAGAAUUGGGUUCUAUAUCUUGUUGGACCAUCAGAUGUUUGUGACCUUUACACAUAUUGUGGAGCCUAUGCUAGCUGCAAGAUCAGUAUGUCCCCAGUGUGUAAAUGCUUGAAUGGAUUUUUACCAAAAGUCCAACAAAAUUGGAGUUCAUUGAACCGGAUUGGUUGCGUUAGGAUAAACGCUUUGGACUGUAAAAGAGACAUAUUUAGAAAGUAUUCUGGUUUGAAGUUGCCAGACACACGGAGCUCCUGGUUUGACAGGAGCAUGGAUCUUCAAGAAUGUGGAGAAGUUUGCAAAAGGAACUGUUCUUGUACGGCAUACUCUAAUCUAGAUCCUGAAGGUGGAGGAAAGGGAUGUUUGCUGUGGUUUGGGGACUUGACUGAUAUUAGAGAAUACGACGAACAGGUGCAAGACAUCUAUGUUAGGAUGUUUGAUCUGGAUCCAGGUCACUCAAGCAGGAAGAAGGGGAAGCUGAUCUUAGGCUUGAUAUCUGGAACAUUGCUGCUAUUCCUAAGUCUCAGUCUGAUGGUGUAUGUUCAGAAAAAGAAGGCCGUGCUGAAGCACCUGCAAAUUAGACUUUUUAACUCAGUUUUCUCUGGUGGGAUAUGUACAUCACUGGGAGGAUCUGAAAAUGUGGAAUGCGCGGGAGAAGAUCCAGAGCUACGGUUAUUUGAAUUUGCCACAAUAGCUAAUGCUACAAACAACUUUACAACAGACAACAAGCUUGGAGAAGGCGGCUUUGGACCUGUCUACAGGGGUAUGUUGAAGAGCAAUCAAGAAAUUGCAGUGAAGAGACUUUCAAGGAGUUCAGGCCAAGGACUAGACGAAUUCAAAAGUGAAGCCUCACACCUUGCCAGGCUUCAGCACAGAAACCUCGUGAAGCUUCUAGGAUUCUGCAUUCAGAAAGAAAUGUUGCUGAUAUAUGAAUACAUGCCCAACAAAAGCUUGGAUACGUUCAUUUUUGAUCAGGAGCGGAGGAAGCUGCUUGAUUGGAGUAAGCGAUUUCACAUCAUCAGUGGAAUAGCUCGGGGUCUUCUUUACCUUCACCAAGAUUCCAGACUGAGAAUAAUUCACCGAGAUCUAAAAGCUAGCAAUGUCUUGCUAGAUUGUGAGUUGACUAAGAUAUCUGAUUUCGGGCUUGCUAAAAGUUUUGGAGGAAAUGAGACACAAGCAUGUACAAAGCGAGUGGCUGGAACACAUGGUUACAUGUCCCCUGAGUAUGCAAUUAAUGGAGUUUUCUCGGCAAAGUCGGAUGUGUUCAGCUACGGUGUUUUGAUGCUGGAGAUAAUUAGUGGGACAAGAAACAGAGGGUUCUCUCACUCAGAUCACCCUCAGAAUCUUCUUGGACAUGCGUGGAAACUAUUUCAAGAAGGAAGAUCUAUUGAAUUUGUUGAUCCGGUGGUCGGUAACUCAUGUAACGUAUCAGAAAUCAUAAGGACCAUGCACAUUGGCCUUUUAUGUGUCCAGAAAUGCCCCGAGGACAGGCCAACCAUGUACAUGGUGAUUCUGAUGCUGGGAAGCGAUAUGGCACUGUCCGCCCCAAAAGAGCCUGGAUUUUUCAGCGAAACAAAAGGGCCUCACGCAAAUGCUUGUGUAAGCCAGCCUGAACCAUGCUCUCCUAAUGAAGUUACCUUGACAGCAUUAUCCGCUCGGUAGAAGAUGCUUUCACCAUGAUCUCUGACCUCUCUGAUCUGAAGAAGUAUAUGUUCUAUGGCGACAUGUACACGUUGUGAAGAUGGCAGAGCUAAGUGCUGGAAUGUGAGAGAAAGACAUCACCAAUGAUUUACACAGCAACCCAGAACGAUUCGUCCCCUUAAAUUGUUGCACAUUGUUGAACACUUCCGGCUACAAACAUUGAAAUUUCUUAU